ACAACCUCUGAGCCAUCUCUCCAGAUUUCUAGUGUCCAGUCCAUUGUACCUGCUCUGGAAAUUGCUAAUGCUCAUCGGAAGCCCUUGGUCAUAAUUGCUGAAGAUGUGGAUGGAGAAGCCCUAAGCACACUGGUUUUGAACAGGCUCAAAGUUGGUCUCCAGGUUGUGGCAGUCAAAGCCCCAGGGUUUGGGGACAACAGGAAGAACCAGCUGAAGGACAUGGCUAUCGCCACUGGUGGCGCGGUAUUUGGAGAAGAGGGGCUGAAUCUAAACCUUGAAGAUGUCCAAGCUCAUGACUUAGGAAAAGUUGGAGAGGUCAUUGUCACCAAAGAUGACGCCAUGCUUUUGAAAGGAAAAGGUGACAAGGCUCAAAUUGAGAAACGCAUUCAAGAAAUCACGGAGCAGCUGGACAUCACGACCAGUGAAUAUGAAAAGGAGAAGCUGAACGAGCGGCUGGCUAAGCUCUCCGAUGGAGUAGCUGUGUUGAAGGUUGGAGGAACGAGUGAUGUUGAAGUGAAUGAGAAGAAAGACAGAGUUACAGAUGCUCUCAAUGCUACAAGAGCAGCUGUUGAAGAAGGCAUUGUUCUAGGAGGAGGCUGCGCUCUGCUUCGGUGCAUCCCAGCCUUGGAUUCCUUGAAGCCUUCUAAUGACGAUCAGAAAAUAGGUAUAGAAAUUAUUAAAAGAGCACUCAAAAUUCCUGCAAUGACUAUUGCCAAGAAUGCAGGUGUUGAAGGAUCUUUGAUAGUUGAGAAAAUUAUGCAGAGUUCCUCAGAAGUUGGUUAUGAUGCUAUGCUCGGAGAUUUUGUUAACAUGGUGGAAAAGGGAAUCAUUGAUCCAACAAAGGUUGUGAGAACUGCUUUACUGGAUGCUGCUGGAGUGGCCUCCUUGCUAACUACAGCAGAAGCUGUAGUGACCGAAAUUCCUAAGGAAGAGAAGGACCCUGGAAUGGGCGCCAUGGGUGGAAUGGGAGGGGGUAUGGGAGGUGGUAUGUUCUAACUGCUAGAAUAGUGCUUUGCCCUAAUCAAUGAACUGUGACAGGAAGCUCAAGGCAGGUUCCUCACCGCUAACUUCAGAGAAGUCACCUGAAGAAAGUGACUGAAGAGAGAGAAGGCUGGCUGAUCACUCUGACCAUUGGUUACUGGUUUCCAUUGAUGAUCUAUAAUGGUUUACUGCUGUCAUUGUCCAUGCCUACAGAUAAUUUAUUUUGUAUUUUUGAAUAAAGACAUUUGUACAUUCCCGAUACUGGGUGCAAGAGCCAUAUACCAGUGUCCUGCUUUCAACUUAAAUCACUGAGGCAUUUCUACUAUUCUGUUACAGUCAGGAUUGUAGCUCUGUGUCACCAGAUGAGAAGUUCAGAAGCAGCCUUUCUGUGGAGAGUAAGAAUAAUUGUGUACAAAGUAGAGAAGUAUCCAAUUAUGUGACAACUUUUGUGUAAUAAAAUUUUGUUUAAA